AUGCAACCAAAAUGGUCACCAAGUGGAGAUUGGUUCGUGUACUUAAUCAACGAUAAAGCUGCAACCGAUUCAACAGAUAAUCGUCAUCGCUUUCGACGUUCAGUCAAGAAUCAGACGAAAAACGACCAACAGAUUCAUCUUCAUAGUGUCAUUUCAGAUGAAUUGUUCUCUAUUGAAAUUGGCAAUCAAAUUCCGUCGGCUCUAGCAUGGUCAGAUGUUGAUUCGUCGCUCUAUUUCGCUGCACAAUCAUCUCAAUCGACCGAAGAUGCCAAUCUUUUGUAUGAAACCAAAUGGAAAGAUGUCAUUGAAUAUCGUCGACGUGAACCUAGUGAUGGUAGUACAAUCUAUCGUAUUGAUAUAAGCAGAAAAAAUCGAAGAGUUAUGUGA